UCGCACACGUACACCGACAUUUAAGUUUGAAUUUGUUGUUUUUACGAGUUUUGUGUAGGCAGUGCACAAUCCUCCAGUGGAGGGGAAGCAAAAGCCGUCCUCCUGUCUGUGAGCGGCCUAAGGUCGCAGUUUACCGAGGUACAUUACUUACAAAUCACAGGCAAAACUGCUAUGAGUAAAAGACAAGCUGUAGUCCAAAAUCCUGACGACUCCUCUGAAUCCGGCAGCAGCUGCAUGAACAGAGUACUGCAGUACUCUGAUGAAUCUCUUGCGACCUACAGUGAUGAGAGUGAGGAGAGUCUUCAGUCCUACAGUCAGUCAUUUGAAUCCUAUCAGUCUUUCUAUGAGGACUUUGAGCAAGAAACAGAAUCAGAAAGCUCUGCAUUCAAAUCUGAAUUGGAAUUUAUGUCACCUCAGAGUUUCAAAGAAAUAAAAGAAGAACUUGUAUGCUAUGAGGACUCUGAAGACCUACUGGCAAAAGAAAAAUUUGUAGAAAAACUCUUCAGUGUAUUGAACAGUAACAGAUUUGUUUCUGCUCCACAUCAUCAAAAGGAAAAAUGCACAGUGUCCCGCAGUGAGUCUAUUCAGCCAAUUCUAGAAGAAACAGCACCUGUGCAAAAAUACUGCAGCAUGAAAAUUGAUCAGAUUCAACAGCGCAUUCAACAGGAGCAAUCAGAGCCUAAUAAGUAUGGAAUGCAACAUUUGACCAAGCCAUUGGGGAGAGAAACUGCUCCUCAGCAAAACUGCAUAGUGCCCCAGCAUCUGAUAAAUCAAGUAAGGCUCAAGUACAUCACAGAGUCAGUCAAACAGGUUGUUCAGACAAAUAUGCACCAACCCUCCAGAUGUGCUGCCUGCUUGAAAGAGAUCAGUAAACUGGCAGAACACAAUUUUUUCCGUGUCAAGAAGAUACAAUUGGAAGAAGCUUCUAUACAGGAGAAAAUAGAGGAACAUAUUUAUACUAAGGAUGGAAUUACAUUGAUUGGAGAAAUACACAGCAGCCUUCCAAAGUAUUCAGAUGCUACUUCUCUGGUCUGGAAGAGAUUAUUUGAUAAAAUAAUUUUAAAAUAAUGAUGUAAUAAUUGAACCUAUCGAAGCAAGAAGACCUUUGAAAAUGGUCAAAAUAUAAUAAGAAAUGGUUACUGAAUGCUUGGGGCUUCUCUGGAUUCAAAAAGACUAAUAAGGACCUAACCAAAGUCAUCUUUUCCAAACACUUAAAUAACGGUUGUUGAACUAAUCCUGCAUCAGACAACAACAUCACUUGCCACAUAGUCUAGAUAAUGAAAACAGGACAUAUUUAUAAACGUUAGAAGGGCAACAUUUCCAUGCCUGGUCAAUGCUGUGUUUGUUAAUUUUGACUAGUACAAUAAUUAAGCAACAAAAAUGCUCUCAAUGGGAUAUAAAAUGGAAAAGAACUAUGAGGAUUUUGCCCAUGCUUGUAUCAUGAGAACUCUGUGUGCAGCUUAGAUAAGGAAAAGAUUAGCUGUGAUAUCCCUUUGAUAGGGUUUAAAAAUCUGAGAGGAAAACAGCAGAGAAGUCAUAUUUAUAAGCAAGUGAUGAAAUUGAAUUUCAGUCUCUUCAUUAGAAAUUGUAUUUCAUUAGAAUGUUUUAUCUUUUACUUCACACUAUUUAUACUUCAAAGCAUCUCACAACAACAUCUCACAGCAUAUUAUUGCAUAUGCUCUCACUGCUUCAAGUUCACAUUGCCAAUUUAUUUUUCCUCCCACCCUGUGCUAUUCCUCCAUCUGUCCCUUCAGGUAGAAAGGUUUUGUAAUGUCUAUUUCAUCUUUUUUUUGGCAUCCUGUAGAUAACUGGCUUCCACUCCAGUUCAUUGCGUUCUGAGGUGACUGUUGAAGUCAUUACUGGAAGCAUAACCUGUUCCAUAAAAAGAGAUGCCUUAAGGGUGGGAGGCAGGGUAGCUCUCCUUCCACCAUUUAUAUCGGGCUUCUAAGUGCUCUUGUGUAUGGAUUUAAGAUUUCCAAAGACAUUCUAAAUGCUUCUUCUCCUCUGUAAGCAGUCAUAGACUAAAGGUUCUGAGGAGUCAAUAUGGAUGUUGUGUUUUCUCAGGAGAAUUUCCAAACAUUCUUGAAUAAUUCAUGUCCAUUGAUGAUUUUGAAUAGAGCCUUUGUUUUGUGAAUAUGCUAUAGCCCAACAGAGAUGACUAAAUGUAAUUAGGAUCACAGUGUUAAAGUCGGCCUGAGAGAAGACACUAGGGAUAGUUUGUUUAAUCUUCCAGUAGAUCUAGAAGAUUUUACUGGGACUUCCCUGUGUUGAGGUGCCUGCUGUAGGCAAUCUAAAUCUCAUGAAACAUAUAGGAGAUCAGGGAUUAUUGGAGGCCAGUGGAAGAAGAGAUUUGUGCCCUUAAUCUUCAAAUAAUAUUUUACUCAGUUGGUUAAAUUUUCAUUGGUAUGUGCCCUUGCUGAACGGUUACUCUUGAUAUGAUGCAUUUGGGAGGUCAAGUGCAAGUGAGAGACGCAUACAAAAAAAGACAGCAUCCGUGAAUCAUUAAUGAGGGAUCUUGGGGUACAAGUGUAGUUUUCUGAAAGUGAGAACACAUGUAGGUAGGGUGGGGAAGAAGGUGUUUGGCAUGCUUGCCUUCAUUGCUUGAGGCAAUGAGCAUGAGUGAAAGUCCUGCUACAACUAUAAAACUAUUAGGCGAAAAUUAGCAUAUUGUAUGCAGUUCUGAUCACCAUUACACCAAUGAAUUCACUGGUAUAUUGCCUGGAUUAAAAUUUCAGAGGCUGAAAGGUAAUCUGAUAGAAGUAUAUAAAAUGAUGUGAGGUUGAUAUAUUUUUUUUAUUUUUUUUCUCUCAGUGCGGAAAUACCAAAUUCUAAAAGGCAUAGUUUUAAAGUGAGAGGAAACCUUAUUUAAGGGUGAGUUGUGAGACAAUUUUUUAAAAUACAGGACAUGAUAUAUCGGAGGAGGUGGCAGAAACACAACAACAAUGCUUUCAAGGGGCAUUAGUUGGACACAUGAACAGACAAGGAAUAGAGGGAUAUGGAUCAUGUGCAGGCAGAUGGGAUUGGUUUAGAUUGGCAUCGUGGUGGAUGCAGGUGCAGUGGGCUGAGAGGCCUGUUCCUGUGAUGUACUGUUCAUUGUUUUCUGUGAGAAGUGGUUCACAGUUUUUCUGAAUCCUUAUUGUUGGAGUGCAAGUUGAUAAAGAAACCUUUGUCUAGAACAUAAUAAAAGAAAUGCCCAUCCUCUUGUAUUCUUCAGCAGAUGAGUCAAGAAUUUGUAGCUUAGUCUCCAGAUGCACUUGGUUUUUUUGUAAAUUGUGGCUUGAAUGCUGAGAUUACAGUGACCUUUGUUCUGGACUAUCAGAACUACAUUUUUUCAUACUUUCAUUCUUCCUGUAAAUUAGCUCCAAUCUAGUAGGAAGAUGGAUGGAAAUGAGGAGCAGCAUUACACUGUGCAUUUGUUUAGAAUAAUGUGGAUACCUGUGUGAAAAGGCCACAGAGGUGGGAACUAAUGAGCAUUACACUAUAAGUAAAGAGCUGGUAUUUGGAAAGGUCCUUGGACAGGUUCAGAGGGAAAUUGGCUAAAUGCGGACAAACAGGACGAGUUUAGAUGAGAAUCUUGGUCUGCAUGGACAAGUUGGGCCACAGGAUCUGUUUUUGUGCUGCAUGAUACUGACUGUAUAAAUGUCCCGUAGUUCUAAAAGUGACCAGAAUUUUCCUUGAACUUGUAGAAGAGACUCAGAAAAUGAUAUUUGAGGAAGGAACUUAGCUGAACUUGGUAUUUCUUUGUAAGAAACUAAAGGACAAGGGUAUAGGGACUGGAACAGUCCAAAGAAAUUCAGUUGGCAUUGGUCCCAAGAAGGUUAAUUAAAUUGUUAGUAUUUUUCUGGAAAUGGGGUCAAGAGAGCAGAAGAUGAGUCUCGUGGAUGAGGUGAAAUCAGUGGGGUAAGAGAGAAGAGAGAUAUGGUCUCCAAUAUCUCCUCUGCUGGAUGCAGCUACUGGAUCCCGAGACCAGCAAAUUAACAGGGCAGCAGUUGGAUUGUUAUACCUGUUUCAAAAUAGAUGAUUUGCUGGCCAACGAUGAUCCUUAAUCCUAUAUUUUAGAUUUGGGCUGGCAACAAUAGGUACAUCAGGGCAAUGGAAAGAUACCACCAAUGCUAUUUCUACAAAUUCAUCCAAAUUCACUGUCUUCUCCUCGGCCAGCACCCCAGUGGAGAUUCUAUUUAUGCUGGGCAAGUCAUGAUGUUUGCAUACCAGUUUGCAUUCCAUUCUGGCUCAUUCACACAGUGAUGACUCUGUAGACAGAGGAGAAGAUUCAAGGUGGUGCUCAAGGUCUCCUUGAAGAAGUACACGAACCUCUGGGAAUCUCGAGCUUAUGACCUUUCCAAAUGGAGUAAGAGCAUUGACAAUGGUAUUGAGAACAUCAAACCCAUGCUCAAACAAUGGAACAAACAAACCCCCCCAAACUCUCCACAUGCCUACUUGUUCACUUGUCCUAUCUGGAGAAGCGUCUGCAGUUCCCACAUUAACUUCAUCGGUCCCUUCAGAACAAACAAAAUGGUGUGGAAGCAAAUAAUCUUCAAUCCAGAACUGCUUAAGAUACAAAAUGAAUGUUUUAUGGGCUAAGGUAAUGACAAUGUGUCUUAAAAUCUGAAGAAAUAAUUAUCUUUCUCUUCCCACAGAUGCAGGCUGACCUGCUGAAUAUUUCCAGCAUUUUCUAUUUUUAUUUUAGAUUUCCAGCAUCUGCAGUUUAAAAAAAAUCUGUUAUCAUAUCUGAACUCCACUGUGAUUAAAAAUACUGUCAAUUAUCCACUGAGACACUGAGAAUACUUACUGUACACGUGAAUUAUUGUAACUUGGCUAAUGGUUUGAACUGUUGAAAUUUGGGUAAGAAGCUGUGACAGAAUAUUAGCCAAGAGGAAUUUAUAUGUAAAUCCCUACAAUUAUUUAAAAAAAAUAUAUUACAGCGAUAAAAGUGGAAAUAUUUGACAUUUAGAACAGAGAAUUACACCCCUGCACUAUUUUUCAAAAGGUAAAUAUGUGGGUAGGGAAAUUCUCCUUACUUGGCAGUACUGGGAUUGUUUGCCUUUUUUUUGUAAUAAUCUGAACACAAUGUACUUUGCAAGCUAUUUACAUACAAAAGUAUUGUAGAUUUAUAAGGGAAGUGUAGACAAAGUGUGUUCAAAAUUUGAACUAUGUGUAUAAUAAAACAAAAAGUAAGCAGUGGAAGAAAAGUACAAAUUAACUGCAAACAUUAAUUUUCAAUAUGACUAGAUGGAACUUGAUCAUGCACAGAAUGGCUACAUGUUGGGCUCAUCUGAGAAUUCAUGAGCAUUUUAAUUUUCACAUUCAGUUAAGAUGGUUAACAUUGUUGGUUAUAAUGAAGAACCACCACCAAGAUUCUCCAAUGUUCCAUGACCUAAUGUGACUCUUGCUGUUUUGACUUCUUAGGUAAUAGUCAAAUUUAAUUUAAUAUUUUUAUGUUAGGCAGACCAAGGACAGCUUAUUAUAAUUAAGAGCCUGUAUCCAACUUAAUGGAUUUGGCAGACAUUAGGGUAGUUGAAUCCACUUAAGGAAGAUAAAGGCAUUUCAAUUUCACCCAAUCACUUCUCUUGCGCAGCUGUAAGAGCUAACGGAGGACUAACGGUCUCCAGUACUUAACAAAGAGUUUAUAAUACAAUCUAAGUGCUGUUUCUGUGCCAAAUCUGUUUGAUCAGGCUGGACAAACCUGAAUGGAAUAGUAUCUAAUUACAGGCUAAGGCUCUUGGCCAAGUUUUUAUAAUCAUGACCCAUAAAAGAGAUGUCACAUGAGUUUCGUGCAUUUGGGAAGAGCUUCCUGCAUCUAUUGAACUGUAGGACUUAGUUUGAAUGUCAUUGAAUAUGGCCUUUCUUUAAAAGAAUUGUCUAGGCAUUCUUCUACAAUUUCGGAUGCUUGCAAGUUUUUUGUAGCUGGGUGUUGAUGGCAAUUAUAGAUUGAUUUACUACCUUUUGCUAACUCCAAUCCCUACAUGAGGGAAGAGGUGCAAUCACACGUGUCUUUUUUUUUGCUGCUAAUGAAUAUAUGUUGAAGCUUUUUAUUAAUUAUAGCAACUGAUGUCUUCACAUUAUUUCUGUUCUAUAAGGAGUGUUUUGGUAUUUGCCUUGCAUUUUAGAGGUAUUUUAAUAACCUGGAUGAUAGUGAACAGAACUGCAGGUUAGAUAUAAUGUCCUUUGAAUAUUGGAACAAGCUUAUUGAGGAAACAUUGAAGAGUUAACAGAAAUUCAGAAAUGAUUCUCGAAUAAAAUAUAAUGGUCCAAAAAGAUCUACAGAGAACUGUAGGAUUUUCAUUGUGUAAUGUGUGGUAUGUUAACACUUUAAAACAUAGCAAGAAGACAUUUAGGAAUCGGAUUAGAGCAUUUAACCAUUCUGGCUGCUUCAUUAAGCUUGAUUUAGCAGUCCUGAUGAAGGAUCCUGGCCAAAAUUGUUGACUGUUCAUUCCCCUCCAAAGAUACCCAAGCCCCUUGAGCAUGUUGUGUGUGUUGCUGAGGAUUUCCAGCACCUGCAGAAUCUCUUAUGUCUAUGAUUUAACUGAAUUAUAUUUGAUUAAUUUACAUUUUUCCCUUUCAGUCAUUUUGCUACAUUACAUGACCUGUUUAAGAGUUGUAAGGCUCAGAAUGUAAUCUUACCUGUUUUUCCCUUAGGCCUCUUAUUAAAUGCAAUAAUUAUGUCCAAUACUGUAUCUGUACAAUAGCUCAGCUGUUGGUUUGAAGCACUUUUAUUUGAAGACAUGAGCUGUUUAGUGCCUGACCGAAAACCCUCAGUAAGUACAAGCAUGUAGAAUAUGUUAUGAGGAUCACUGAAUGCCUUAUUUACAAAGGGCUUUCUUUAUCAAUGAAAAGAAGAUUGAACAUGCCAACCAAAGUAGACCUUUCUCUACAGUCAAAAAGUGUUUUCUCUGUAGGAUUGAAGCAUAAGAUCCCUCUUCGUGUUAAAACCAUUGUGCGAAACCUUAUAAUAUGAGUUUUGCCAGGUUUAGGAACCGGUCUGCUGCAAAUAAAAAGUCAAUCAAGCUUUCCAUUGGACUAUAUUUUGCAGAUCACUCCUUUCCAUGCUGGUUUACCGCCAUGCAGAAAAUUGUAUCCCAUGCAUCAAGGCACAUUUUAUCAAAGCAAUUGCUGGUUCAUAAAUUUUGACAUUGAAGUGAAUCUGUCAUGCCAGUGUUUUGAAAACAUAAUUUUAGCUAGUUGGUGAAGGCUGAUCCAGUAAAAUUUAAUUAUGUUUCAAGUUCUAAACUGUUAUGUACCUGUAAAACUCUACCAACACUGCAUUCCUGAAUAUAUGAGAAGGGCAAGAAUACUGUUUGGGGCUGUGGGUACAGACCCUCAAGGUAUUUUUGUCAUCUCCGUGAAUUUGAAUAUAAUACUGGCACCAUGAUAUGCAGAAUUAAAGAAUUCAACUGGUAGCACAUUUGACAGGGUAAUGAAAAAUUUGUCAGAAAAAUUAACAAAUUGUUUCACAAUAAAUCUAAGGAGAGAUAUAUUGCAGCUCAGAAUCACAUAACUUCAGAAUGGUUCCAGCUGUUCACCCAGUUGAGUCCCACCUCCUGCUUUGUACCCAAGCUUUGUAGUUUGUGUUUCUUUUUUUCACGUACUGUAUUUGUUCAGAGGUAUCAUUGGAAGCAGGCAGUUUGGUGGAGUAUAAGAGGCUUUUAAAUAGACACAUGAAUAUGAAGUAAAUAGAUUGGGUUUGGAUAAUUUAAAGGAGAAGGUCAUUUAGUAUAAAUUGCUGUCAAGAUCAGAACAAAAUUGUGGGCCAUAUGACAUGUUUAUAUACUCUUUUAUGGUUUUGGUUCCUUUUUUUUUAAUACUGCAGCUGCAUCUGAUUUCACAACCCCAUGACACUAACUAAUUUCUGUGUACAUUAUUUUUCCUCAUGUUUCUAUUCGGUUCUUUUGCCAAGCAUCUUCUUCCUGUGUCUCCUAGCUUUUGGCCUCUCCACUAGUUUUGUUUUAUUAGCUCUGUAAAUACCCAUUGUGAUUUAAAAACAUAUAUUAUAACUUCGUACAACUUUCUCCAUUCUAGGUUAGAAUGAUCCCAGCUUUUGCAGUUUAUCUACAUAACUAGAAUUUCACAUUCCUGGAAUCAUUUUGGUAAACAUUUCUGAAGCCCCUCCAACAUCUUCACAUCUUAUGAAAGUGUGAUACCCAAAAAUGGGCAUGGUACCCCAACAGAGGCUGAACUAAUGCUUUAUAAAUAUUUAUCAUGACUUUCUUGCUCUUGGAUUUGUGAAAAACAGAUUCCAAAUAUUUUUAUGACUUCUGUCCCAACCUAUGGUACCAAUUUCAAGGCAGAGGCUGGUAGUUGAUAGAUGGAAACAGAUAAGGCAAUCAAAUCAGGCAGAUGGAUCUGGUGAGGGAAACUAAGGAACAGUUUCA